AUGGCCUACCAGUUCUUCGCCAAAGGUCAGACACAGAAUUCCUCCAUACAAUCCCCUUCUCGUUCCUCCAAUUCUGUUCCACCCAUCCAUCCCCCAACACCACAACCACCAAAGUCCGCAGCUGUCGCAACAACAAGACCUGCCACAAAAGAAGCAACAUUUAUUCCAUACCCCGGUACCAUCUUAGCCGGCUAUAAAACCACACAUCCCAAUGCUACAAUCGAACCCAUUGGUGUAGCGCAUAUCCCAUCUCUCACGCGCAUCACGGGACUACUACUACCAAUUCGCUACCCAAACUCCUUCUAUACAGCGACAAUCACCGAUCCUGUCAUCGCGUCCUUGUCGCGUGUUGCUAUAUACCAUGACCAGCCAGGAACAGAUAAAGUGAUUGGGGGUAUUCGGUGUCGAUUGGAAAGGCUAGACACUCUCGAUACACAACAACACGACCACGAACAGGGCACGAACCUCUAUAUCCAAACUCUGCACCUCCUCUCACCAUAUCGAGGUCAUGGUGUGGCGGCGGCCUUAUUAAAUUCGCUCUUAUUCGAAACCCCACCAGCCUCGAAGACUACUCAAUACCGCGUUUCGAAAUUGGUGAAACACUACCGUAUUCGUUCCGUGACGGCUCAUGUCCAUGAAGCAAACGAGGAUGGGUUGAGGUGGUAUAUUGCGCGAGGAUUCAAGGUGCAGGAUGGGGUUGUCGAGGGGUAUUAUCGGCGACUGAAACCAUCUGGCGCGAGGAUUGUUAAGUUGGAUGUGGAAUGGGAGGAGAAUGAUCAGGUCGAGGGGGGACCUGGCAACGGGAAGGAAGAUGAGGAGGAUGGUUGGGAGAAGAUUGAGGCUCACGAUAGUGAGGAAGAGGGUGAUCAUGGGGUCCAACCACUGCCUGAGUCUCAGUCUCAAUCUCAAUCCUUCGAGGAUGCGACUACGCCGUCGCGGAAACGCAAGGCUGAAGAGGAAAAGGGCAAUAUACCGCAGAGGAGAUAG